GUGUAGGGGUGGUGGUGUGGGGGCACUGCCCCCCCUCUCCCGGGUGAGGGUCACUACCCAGGGCACUAGUAAUCUCUCUCACACACACACCAUGCAAGGUGUUAAUAACGCAGUGCCUCUACAUACUUACCUGCCUCCCAACCCACAUACUGUGGGAGUGCCUGACGUGUGUCCCACAUCACCCAGACGUGUGGCAGAGCGGCGUCACACGUCUAGACGUGUGGCAGAUGUGCCUCACACGUCACCCAGACGCAGGUACACAAGCGUCCGAUUAUGCCCCGGGGUGUGCCCCAGUACCCUGCUGAAACACCCCAGGGUACACCAUCGUUGGGGUACAUCGAGGAGGAAAGGUUGGAUGGGUUGUACCCAGUGUGUGCUCUCCCUACGACACGACCCCACCCAGCACACGUCACCUGUGACCUACGUCAGGAAGCCUUGCAGGAGGUGCGGCUAUCAUGCCACUCACGUUCAGGUGACAGUGUCCGCAGUGAAAGCCACCCCAGCAGUGAUCGAAGGUGCAGAGGCAUCCGCAGAACCUCCAGCAGGAACCCCAGGGGGCAGCAACGAUCCCGCAGACGACCCCCGUCACCAGCAGAACGUCGUAGGUCGCGGCCAGCAGACAAGAGGAGUCACCACCACCACCACACAGGAGCCCCGGGUUCGACCCCCUCCGUGUGGGCCAUAGAGAUGCAGCAACAGCAGCAGAGAAUGAGAGCCACUCGGCCCCUGGGCCCUGAGCUCCAGGAGUGGCGAGGGUCCCUAACACGGGCCCUCAACACCCGUACUGUCACCCACCACCUCCCCUCUCACUCCCAGGUCAUCAAAACACUGGCUCGCUCACAGGUGAUAGCACUGGUGUGCGGUAUCAUCACAGCCUUCCUGAUGGUCCUGGCCCUGGCUUCCUCAGACUGGCUGCUGGCUGUUGGCUGGCGACAAGGUCUCUUCGAGCACUGUAUUGAACUCGACGCUCCCAAGCCCCUGCCCUUCCAGAUUAACGCCAAGCCUGGCUGCCACACUGCCAGAGACGAACCAUACAUCAUGGCUAGUGCAGCGCUGUGCGUCAUCUGCUUGCUGCUGGACGUCAUUGCCACGGUUAUGACUGGUCUGGGACUGAGCAAUAAUGACCCCACAGUAAAGACUCGUUACUAUCGCAUCGCCGUCUGGGUCAUGACCCUCGCAUUGAUUGCCAUUCUGGUUGCCCUAAUCUUGUACCCAGUGUUCUUUGCCCAGGAGCUAGAGCUUGGAAACCGUACAUUGUGGGAAUUUGGCUGGGCAUAUGGUGUAGGAUGGGGAGCAGCAAUCUUCCUGUUUGGUGCUGUAGUGCUGUUACUGUGUGACCAGGAAGAGGAAGAAAUCUAUUACAAGGAACGCACCAUCAUCCAUGCAGAAAAUGAUUCUAGGGCCUAAAGGUGGAGCUACAAAUAUGCCACUCCAGUGACUCUUCUAAACAUGGAUACUGUUCAUACACUCUGUAAUAUAAGAUUCUUCAUUGACAAAGUGUACUGCAUGCUGCUCAUUAAACUCUAAUUGAGGAUUUUGGUGAAGAAAGGCAGUGGUGUGAGGACCAGUAUAGACUCCUGGAGAAGUCUGCCAGUCUGUGGUUUCUGGCCUGUUUCCUCAAAUGAAUGAGCCUGCAGUUAGCCCUUUAUCCUCAGAUGGUAUCACUCAUGAGUGUUGUGGUAGCCUGAGUGUGCGACCAGCGUGUUUGUUGUACAUGUAUAUUUUGUGUAUAUCUAAGAUUUUCACUUUCUUCUGUGCAUGUCUCUAUUUUCCUGGUAAAGCCAUAUUUCACAUAGUAAAAACUUGUAGGAAACUUUUGCUAUGCGCAUGUUUGGGACGUUUUAUACGAGCCGUGUCUCACUGUGGGGAUUACAAUACUCAUUCAGAUGUUUUUAUAGUGGGUUUAAUUUUCAUAUCACAAUUCUUCCCUCUAUGGUGUCUCGCCUUGAGCAGAUCACCCGAGCAGGGAUAAUUUACCCACCUUACAAAAAAAAAACAAAAAAAAGUGAAUUACCGACCAAAGAUCAGUUAUUUUAACUGAUCAAAGGUGUCCAAUUGUGAAAAUAAUGGAAACUCAUUAUAUAUGAACCUCUUGUAGUAGUGGUACAUACCGUACAUAUCUGCUGGGACAGGGAACCUAAUUAAUUGGUGAAAUAUGUAUAUAAAAUUAGAAUAUAUUAUUCACUUGAAAAGAUGUUUUUGAUUACAAAAAUGUUUCAUCACAAAAUUUUAAGUUAGUAAUAUUACUUACAGAAAUUUUCCUAUAUUCUUGGUAGGCUUAUACCACUCUUGAUAUUAAACAGGUAAUUUUAUUUCUUUUGACACUAUUUUUUUCAUUUUUUGUAAUCGUUUUUUUACAUUUAUCAUCCUGUUUAGUUUAUCAUUUGUGUACAUGACGGCUGCUGUGGCAGCUACACUUUAUUGCAUGUCCACGGCACUCGUAGAGAGUCACCUUGCCUAAACUUUGCUCUCGUCAAAAUUAGAGGGCUUCAUAUUGCCAUUAGCUUUUAAAUACAUUCUUAGCAUGAAAAUUAUACUCUCCCUAUACAUUUCAUAACCUAAAUGUUUGAAACAGAACUGCACACCAAUUCUAUGCAUUUAAAGUACAGAUACUUAACUUUUAUGACCUUCAUUGUGGAAAGUAAUUUUUAUAUUACAUAACUGUUAAACCCUCAUGGGGCAUGCAUCACCUGAAUAAUCACAAGUAAAAUAACUAUGAAACUCAAGAUCUCUUAAACAUUCACUUCACGAAUAGAAGCCCUCGUAAAACUACCGCUUAAUAUUUAUUAGCCCAAGUGCAGCUUGUAUAGUAAUAUAAUUUUGGUAUUCUAAAGAUUUAUACCAAGAGUUAAUAUUGUUUUAUGACAGAUUUUUAUUUACAGGCUUCAACUCUGGGUUAGCACAUAAUGAUAUACACCAAGUAUGGUACAAUAAUUUCUGGUGAGCUACUGACACCAAUAGCCAGGUAAAUCAGGAGGCAUGAUCCAGGACCCCUAGAACCAUAAACAGAUAGUGUAAGAUGUGAUCAGUUCUAAUGAAAAGAAAUGCUGAUAGAAUUUGAGCCCAAGUUGUUAUGCAUCUCGUACAGUGAAAGAUUUAAAUGGUUUUAUCCAAGGGAGUAAAUUAGGAAGUCAAGAAGUGACAAUCAUUUUUCAUAUAUGCACAAAAUUCCAUGUGUAGUUCAAUAUGUAGGUUGCUGUGUCAUUUAUGUGUAAUCACUGAAAACUGUUUUAUGGCAACUUCUGUGUAGUUAGUAAACGAACACUACUUUUAUGUGAUAUUGAAAGUUAAAAUUGAAGUUGGAAUUACAGAAAUUCUUAUAAUGGAGGUCAUUAAUUACAAUGUUAAGGAUAUUGAGAAUACACACGUGCCAUCUUUAGAAUAUUGUAAUAUUUAUGUAGUGGUUCACAUUUGUUUAUAGUUUGUGCUAACAGUCCUUACUUUGUUGAUGAAAGUUAACAUUAAUUUGAUGCACGUACCAUUUUGUACUACAGAAACCAUUGGCUAAAUAUUCUUUCGAAAACAUCUCACUGGUAUGGUAUAACAUGUGGUUAUGAUAUGUACAUACAUAUGGGGGCAGUGCUGUAAAUUAAUAUUAAGGCCUGAAUUUUCUCAGGUUUGGAAUGGUGGGAAGUCAGUUAUUGCACUGUGACCCCAAGUUUGUGUUAAGCCUUGCUCCAUGCUAUCCUUUAUUUUCUAGAGGGUUGUUAUCCCUUUGAAAUAUGAGAAAACUGAAAGGAUGUUUAGCUGAGAAAUUGUAUAAUUGACACUCAAUGUAAAUAGCUGCAUUAUUUUUUAAUACACUGAUCAGGUUUGUUUCUUUGAUCAGUAUUAACUUGCAUAAUAAGAUUCUGAAGGAGGCUUAGAUUCUCUUCUAUACUGCACCCAAAUAUACCAUAAGGAAUGCUACUCCAUAUCAGUUGUUGGAGGCUUGUAGUGCACUAUUAUUGUAAAUAGUUUCUCCCUUUUCGUUCUUGUAGUGUAUAUGGAAGUGCAAGUUAUUUGAAAAUUUUCUUGAGUAAUGGAGUUUGAUUUUUUUUUUAUUCUCGAGGUACACUUAUACUCUGCUUAACUGAUACUCUAGUACAGAAAAAUGGGUAAUUAUUCCCAAAUGCAGUACGGGGGCUUAGAUUAUACCUAUAUUUUGUAUGCCUUUUUGUAAGUUGAAAUAGAUAUUUUAUAUACUUUCAUUUGAGUGAAAAUUGCAGCCUUAGGAGCUCAUACCCCCAGCUGGGCUAUGCAUGCAGUCUUUAACUAAAACAAUCUAUAAGAAGUUAAGACUGAAUCUCAAGAAAUAUACUAGAGCUAGAAAUGAGUUUUGUGCACUCAUGCCUCCAAAAAUAUGUCCAUUCAAAGUACUGGUACCUCGGCAUACGAACAGCUCAAAACUCGAACAAUUAUGUAAGUGAAUUUUUGGGGGGGUCUGAAACGGAUUAAUCUAAUUUACAUUAUUCCUAAUGGGAACAAAUUCAUUCGGUAUCGGCACUCGAACAGCCUUCUGGAAUUAAUUAAGCUCGUAUCCCGAGGUACCACUGUAUAACAUAAGAUGCAGAUUAUGACGUUACACUGAAUCGUGUACACCACUUGAAAACGCAUCAAGUGUUAGAUAAGGCCUAAGAACAUCCAGAGAUUAAGUGUAUAGGCUGUAUUUCACAGAAAUGUCUCCAAAAAAUGGCCUUUUUGCAGCCAUUUAGAGCUGUAGACAUGUUGAUUCAACUAGUCAUACUCUCUAGUGCGUAAGAGCACUAUCCUGAACUAUUGGUCUGAUUUUGUAAUUGUCAAAAUUACUGGCAGCUACUGGAUCAGUUCUCGAAAACACAACAGUCGCUACUAGUAAUUAAGACAUUUAUUGGGGUUUCAGUUAUCAAUGUUUAUUACAAAGUAUAUUUACUGUUAAUUUUGUUAAUUGCAUGUACAAGGAUGAAUGUGUAAAAUGUUAGUUUACAAUCUAGAAAAUCAGGUGCUGUAGACAGAAUUUGUCACAGUGCAUAGAAUAACUCUUAAAUUUCAUUUAUUAAUUUCUUUGUCAAAGCUAUGUUUUGGAUAUUGUCAUGGGGCAAAAAAAAAAAAAAAAUAUUGGAACCUGCCCCCUUCCUGCCUUUGAAAAGGCAACUGAAGGAAGUUCUACUGGCUUGUAACAUUGUUACAGCCUGCAAAAACAAGGUACCAAAUAAGUUAAUGAUUUUUGAAGGGUGGGGGGAGGGAAGGGAGAGUCAAACUACUGGUAAUAGCCAACAAUAACUUGUGAAAAGGUGUAGUUUCACUUCCUUCAUCAUGCCAGCUUCCAAUGACUAGCCUCGCACGUCUGAGAUGGCAAGAAGCUAGUUUUCUCGUAGCAAUAAAAACAGCUUGGCUUCUCAAACUAAGUAGCCAGUUUGUUUUAUCUCCAAUAAACUGAGUUCCACGAGUUGCUGGAUUGUUUUAAUGGUCUGUAAAUUCUAGAUUUUAUGUAAAAAUACAAAGUCUUUAAUAUAUUAUUGAUAUACAA